AUGUUGCGCCGGGCGAUUCAGCGUACUCGAUUGCAUCUACCGGCGCCCACUGGCCACGAUAACGGCGGCGGUGGAUCAUCCAGUGACGAAGAAGACUACCCCUCGAGUCCUAGUGUCGCAUACACGAGUCUACGUGACGAUGAAUCCAUCCGUAACUUUUUACGUAAACGUCCGGAAGACGUCUCUGGUGUGCAUUUGAUCGUUGCGGAAGAAGCAGCAAAGGCAAAGAAAAGUCACAUAGCCGAACUGUCUUUGGACGAGCAGCGCAAUGCUGCACACGCCUGGGCGCGAUUGAAGACGCUCUACGGACUCUUCCGGGAGCUUGAAGCUGCUACGGAUGAGGUAUCAGAUGACAGCGAGUGUGAGAGAGUUCAAACUGCCGUAACAAAACUAGGAGAGGAGAAAAAGACUCAACGACGACGAUGCAGACAUGAUGACGGACUGCGGUCACUGUUGCAGGAGAUGAAACUGCCUUCUGGUGUGAUCAUGCGUGACCUGCAGACAUUGUCGACGGUGGACACUAAUGACGACAAUAUCAUGCCUCAAGGGUUUACAGCUGAUAUGUUUGCAGCAUUGGGCAAUGCAUUAUACAAUGAAAUGAUUGUAGCAAUGGAGCAGAAUCGUAUUAGCCCGGAUACAUUUGAAGAAUUGGGUAAUUUCCUGUAUGCCGAAGCAACGAGUGUUAUCGUGUCCGCAACUGCCUAG